AUGAAAUAGAAUGACCCGUUGCCAUAAUCAUAAGUGAGAUAAAGAUAAUAAUCUUGUACAGUAGAUAAAUUAUCAGAAAAUGAUGUAAUAUUUUUAAUGUGAUGGAUAAGCUCAAAGAUUUUCAUUUAGACAAUCUGAAUUUUAAUAAAUAGAGAGUUUCAUUAGCUGUGAUUUGUUCAUAGAAUUAAUAAGAUGAAUCCUUAGUUAAAUAUUAAAAGGCUAUAUUGGAAAAUAUUGAUGAACUUAAAGAUGAAGGUAAAAAUUCUCAUCUUUUGUUUUAUAGCUCCUGAAGUAGAGUUCUUUUUGAUGGAAGUACUCUUUCCAAAUAAACCUGAAAGAUCAAUUGCAUUAGAUUUAUAAUUCGGAAUGAAAGAAAAUGAAAAAACACCAUUUAAAAUAAAAGAAGGUGAAGAAUAUCAUAUUCGAUUGCAUUUCAAAGUAAAAAAUGAUUGUGUUAUUGGAUUAAAGCUAUAUAACACUACAAGACGACAUGGAAUAAAAGGUUUUAUUUUUUAUUUAUUUUUUUAGUUGAUUCAUAUGAAGAAAUUAUUGGUUCUUUUGCUCCUAAAAAACAUAUACAAAUAUAUGAUAUGGAAUCUUAGAUUGCUCCAUCUGGAUUUCUAGCAAGAGGUCAUUAUAAAGGUAAAUUAUUAUUUGCUGAUGGGGAUGGUAUUGUUCAUAUGCAGUUUGAUUAUUAUUUUGAAAUAUCUAAAGAUUGGUGA